AUGGCCGGCUCUAUCGCCGUCGUCGCCCUUCCCUUCUUUGCAGACAAAAUGAACCGAACUCCAAAAGAGAUCCUGUCCGCAUGGACAAGUGACCGGUUUGGGUCUGAGCCCCGACGGCAAUCCACAAAUAUCUCCCGGCAGCGUUUGAACGUCAACUUUUGCGUUGCUCUUUCCCCGUCGUUCGACCCAGUCACGUACACUCCAAGGGACCAACUGAUUUUGAAGAGCCAGUUCCUCACGGUAGUCACCUUCCCGGAAGAAACCAGUGUCAGAGAAGUGAAGAGUAAAGCUUUAGAAACAUGGCGAGAAGUAGAACAAACAGACUAUGAAAGGACUGUGGAUCCCUCCCGCAUCCGUCAGCUUAUAUUUCGCAACUCAGAUAACAGCACUGUUCCGGAAAAUCUCCUCGUAGCGGAAGCAUUCGACGAGCGGGAGUACGUCCAUGUUGUGGCAGUCGUGAACCAUGAGGACAGUUAUGAAGAUAUUGUUCUGAAGGAAGGAAUAGAGAAUGGGGUACCGAACUCUCUUGAAAGGGCAGAACGACCGCCAGCAGGAAAGGCCGUGACGAUAAAACGUUUCCGUAGUAAUCUUUCCCCGAGUGUUGAGAGCGUUAGUGGUGACGAUCUUACGCCUACAGUGAAGGCAGCAUCCUCCAAAGAUGCCCCACACAACAAGAGGCGGCGAACCGAGAAGUCCCAGGAUAUCCUUCUCCUGGACGAUCAAGAUAAUAACACGCGAACUCUCCCUAAUGGAAGCAAUCACAGUGUUAUAACGCUAUCGAGUCUCUCAGUGGAAAACCAUUUCAGUGAUAGCCCGUCCAAAGGACGUGGGACAAGCGUGUUUAGACGCAUUAAUGAUGGUGCAGAUGAGGCUAGUGCAGUUGCGGAAGAUCAUUCUUCAGAUGCCAGUACACAAGACGCAAGGAAGGAGACCUCUUAUAGCGGCCAUUUCGCACAGAGCGAUGUGGUUGGCGUGGACGCAGAAGUUGCAGCUGAAACUAAUCCGGCGCACCAAGACGAGGAGCCGAGCGACAAAGACGAAGAUUCAGAUUCAGGAUCUGAAACAGAGGCGGAAGCAGAGAAAGUAGAUCCGAACGUCAAAAACGAUGAUGAUUUGGCAGCGGUAAAUGAAACAGAGGUGAAGGACAGCGAAGACAGUGAGGAGGAAAGCGAAGAAGAAGAAGAGGUGAAAGGCGAGGAAGCCGAGGUGAGCGACGAUCAGGAGGAAGAAGAAAUGGAAGGCAACGAAGAGGAGACGGAAAACGAAGCUGAAGACGAGGUGGACAGCAAGAAAGCAGAUGAGGACAUAGAUGAGAAUGAAGAUGGAGAUGAGGAUAGAGAUGAACACCUGUCGAGCGCGAUUUCAAAGAGCGACGCUAAGCGUCCGAAUGUGAGUGGAGAAGGAUCCGUUCCUCAUGCAAAUGGCACGUUGUCAGUGUCAGGUGCACAAAACGAGCGUGAUGAAGAAGAGGAUGUCCAUGGUGUAGUGCCACACAGCCAUGAUGGCGUCAAAAACAUAGAGGAUCAAAACGGUGAUCUAGGUUCACGAUCGGAAUCCAAGUACCGCAUGCCCAAGCCCAAGCAUCCACCCAAGUUGUCACCACGGCGUAGAAAAAUGCUUGAAGCUGAAAAGAGCAUGGAAGGAGCAAAGAACAAGGAGGUUGUCGAGGAUCAGAGAGGACGUAAAAUUGCCGAUAAAGGCAAUGCAGAAAAGAGCAAAUCCAUGUUAGACGCACCCGUCAGUAAUAGUGUGGCUUCCCCGGGAUCCAAGGGUCACACCGCGUUGGUUUCUCCCCCUGCUUCCCCUCGCAGCCGCAAGCGCAAAGGUAGUCCAAGUGAUGAGGUAUCAUUAGAGGAAAGCACAGCGAAUAGACAGACCACGACCGUAGGCCGAGGAAAUUGCGAUUUGCCACUCUUGUCAAAUGUCACUGCUCCACAAGAAGAUGAGCAGAGCGAUUCAGAGUACGAAGAGGCGACGUUUUCGCAGCUAUUUCCGAAAUCACAAGUAGAGUCGCCUACUCUCCUUUCCCAAAUGCCAAUCCCCGAGCGCAGCGACGAUGAGCUUCAUCCUCCUGGGCGCAACAUCCUUAGUGCCAAGGAUACCGCGGUAUGGAGGGAAUCUGCUGACGAUCGGUCGUCAUUGACUCAGACCAAACAUCGCAAGAUACAAAAGUCAGAAAGCCGACUUAGUGGCAUUUCUCGUCUUCGGACUUAUAACUCUCUCACGGAGAUUGCUGCUUCUCAACUUUCAUCGUCGAGCCAAAAUCUCAAUGGUUUUAAUUUUUCUCAAAAUUCGACGAUGAGUCAGAGUUUCCUUGGCAGCAACAACAGCGCUAGCCUAGACGAUGAGGAUGAUGACGAGGACGAAGACGAAGACGAAGACGAAGAAGAGGAUGCUGGCGACGCCAGUAAUGGCAGUAGCUCGGACAGCGAUUCCAGUGAUAAAGGAGAGGAGAACCUGGCGCCAUCACAACCUGCCAUACGAUUAGCAGGACAAAAGAAGAGAAGAAAGCGCAAGUCGGUAUUUCUGGAACUUGCCGCUGAUGUUGAUGGACCAAAGGCUCGCAAUCCACCCAAGCGAGUGUCUGCUCCCCUGACCCAACAAACACUGCAGCGUUCUCGGUCUCAAUCAUCCAACUUUUCUUGGUCGCAGCCGCUGCCGGUAACCGGAGUCCAUAAGCCAGCCAAAUCCGCAAGAAGAAAAUCAAAACCUAUUACCACAGAUGCGUUGCGCAAGUCAGCGAUGCAACCCAAAAUAACUCAGUCCCCAGAGGAACUUGCAAGGGAGUUGGAUGGGGUAGAUAGUGAUUAAUCGAGCAGGCUGCAAUAAUUAUUAUUUGCGAUAUUUUCUUGGUGUAGAUGUGAGCAUAGAACAAGGAAACAUUAAGCAGUUGCAAUCCUAAUAUUUACUGUAUGAAAUCAGA